UUACUAGUUGAAAGUGGUUUAAUUAUGAUUAUGACAGUGUCAGUGAGCUAAUUAAAGAUAAUAAUAAUAGGAGUGGUUUUUUACUUUCAAUUUUUAUUUUAAUUUAACACAUAAGUAUAUUGCCGAGAAAAAAUGGAUUUAAAUAUAUCGGUAUUUCAAGAGCCCCGUGGGGUGAUGAGAAUUUUACAUUUUGUUUUCUCUAUUUGUGCAUUUGCCACCAUUACAGGAUAUUCAGGUUAUAUAAAAUAUUCAUGUCCAGAUAACCAAUCGGCAUCGGAUGAAUACAGUUAUCCAUUUCAGUUUGUGUUUACUAGGCCAUUCAAUGUAAGCGGUAGCAUUUGCCAAAUUUUUACAACUGGAGAUUUCUCCUCUGAUGCAAAAUUUUUUGUUGCUACAGGCGUAUUGGCAAUGCUUUAUUCUAUUGCCAUAAUUUUUGUAUACAUGAAGUUUGAUGAACUCUAUAGAACCAACAAUAAAAUUCCCCUUUAUGAUUUCUUAUUUACUGUAGUCUUUGGAGUUCUGUGGUUAUCGAGUAGUGCAGCUUGGGCGAAUGGCUUGACGGGUUUAAAAACUGUUACUACAAAUCCAAAAAUAUCAGAAUCCUGUUCCAAUUGUACCACAUCAACAUCUAAUUUUUCAACCCUGAACAUAUCUGUGAUCUUUGGCUUUUUGAACUUUUUCUUGUGGGCAGCAGAUUUAUGGUUUCUUUAUAAGGAAACGGCAUGGUUUCAAGGAAGACAGCCUAAUCCAUCUGAAGGUGCUUAAAAUGAAAUCCUAUGUUUGAUAUAUAUUAUUUCUGAAUAAAACUAGUCAGUUCUGCACAGUUUUGGGUUACAUACAUGAAAACUUAAAAUUGAUGAACCUUGAUAGAAAUAGGUAGCUAUCUUUGGGGACCUUGAUAAAUAUAUAAUUUUUAAUCAUUCUUCCAUUUCAUAGAAUUUUUCAUCCAUUCAAAUGCUAAUAUUAAAUUGGUAAAUUCUCCAGUAAGUUUCUAUUUAGGUAUAUCAAUAUUGAUUUAAGGGGUGUUUUUUUAAUUACAAUUUAACUGAUUCAGUUAAAUACAUUUGAUUCAAUUUAGUUAAAUCCAGUUUAAAUUCCUUUUUAUAAACCAACCCUAAAUGACUUCUACCUAUAUCUGCCAAUGAUCCUUUAAUUUUAUGUUUAUUGGUAUAUAUUGUGUUCAACAUAUUUGUAUAUUUUUUUAAAUAUAUAUGUGUCAUAGUUUGCACAAAACUCAACAUAAGCACUAGUAUUACAUUGAUAAUUUGACCAGUGGUCAGUAUGUAACAUAUGUUCAAAAUGUUAUUAUUUUAUUCAUAGUCAGUGAGAAUUUAGUUGCCAUUGGAUAUUUUCCUUCGUAAAUAAAAAUAAAUAGCAAACCAUUUUAAGUAUAUGAAGUUUGUAAAAGAAAUAUGUAUUUUAUUUUUAUACCAGUUUAACAUAUUGAUACCGUUGAAGAUAUUUAUGCAAGUGUUUGGAAUACUCAAAUGUCUUAAAACUUUGAUUUUUAUAUUGUCUUAAAACAUCAAUCAAUCGAAACAGUUCCUUUGAGUUUUGGGCUACUUUUCUCUGGUUUGAUGUAUAUAUAUUUUUCUCAAUAUUGUUCUCACUUAUGUAAAGAACUGUAAGAAUAUUGAAUAUAACUUUAUUCCAUCCA